CCCGAGACCUCGCGCGUGAUCUCCGCGGUUGCGGGGACGCCGGGGCUGCCGCGCCGGCGCCAUGGCGCCGAAAAAGAAAGGGAAGAAGGGCAAAGCUAGAGGCACCCCGGUAGUCGAUGGGCUGGCUCCAGAGGACAUGAGCCAGGAGCAGGUGGAAGAGCAUGUCGGUCGCAUCCGGGAGGAGCUGGACCGCGAGCGGGAGGAGCGCAACUAUUUCCAGCUGGAGCGGGACAAGAUCCACACGUUCUGGGAGAUCACGCGCAGGCAGCUGGAGGAGAAGAAGGCUGAGCUGCGGAACAAGGAUCGGGAGAUGGAGGAGGCCGAGGAGAGGCACCAGGUGGAGAUCAAGGUAUACAAGCAGAAGGUGAAGCACCUGCUGUAUGAGCAUCAGAACAACCUGACGGAAAUGAAAGCUGAGGGCACAGUGGUCAUGAAGCUGGCUCAGAAAGAGCACCACACACAGGAGGGCAUGCUGCGCAAGGACGUGCGGGCGUUGAAGGUGGAGCUAAAGGAGCAGGAGCUGGCCAACGAGGUGGUGGUGAAGAACCUGCAGCUGAAACACACCGAGGAGAUCACCAAGAUGCGGAAUGACUUUGAGAGGCAAGUCCGAGCCACAGGGGCACCCGCUCUGCCUCUGCUAAGCUGCUGCACGUGCUGCUACCUUUUAGAAAUCGAGGCCAAAUAUGACAAGAAGGUGAAGCUGCUGAGAGAGGAGCUCGACCUGCGGAGAAAGACUGAGAUCCACGAGGUGGAGGAGAGGAAAAACGGGCAGAUCCACAUGCUGAUGCAGCGCCACGAGGCGGCCUUCACUGACAUCAAGAACUACUACAACGACAUCACCCUCAACAAUCUGGCCCUUAUCAACUCCCUCAAGGAGCAGAUAGAGGACAUGCGCAAGAAGGAGGACCGCCUAGAGAGGGAGAUGGCAGAGGUGGCCACGCACAACAAGCGCCUGGCAGACCCUCUGCAGAAGGCUCGGGAUGAGAUGAGCGAGUUGCAGAAGCAGCUCGGGAACUACGAGAGGGACAAGCAGAUCCUGGUUCACACAAAAGCACGUUUGAAAGUCACUGAGAAAGAGCUGAAAGACCUGCAGUGGGAGCACGAAGUGCUGGAGCAGCGUUUCGUCAAGGUGCAGCAGGAGCGGGACAAGCUCUAUGGCAAGUUCACUGCAGCCAUCCAGGAGGUGCAGCAGAAGACGGGCUUCAGGAACCUGGUGCUGGAGCGCAAGCUGCAGGCACUGAGCGCUGCCGUGGAGAAAAGGGAGGUGCAGUUCAACGAGGUGCUGGCCGCCUCCAACCUGGACCCCUCGGCCCUGACGCUCGUGUCCCGCAAGCUCGAGGAUGUUCUGGAAUCAAAGAACACCACCAUCAAGGACCUGCAGUAUGAGCUGGCCCGGGUCUGCAAGGCCCACAAUGACCUGCUACGCACAUAUGAGGCGAAGCUGCUGGCCUUUGGCGUCCCGCUGGACAACGUGGGCUUCAAGCCUCUGGAGACAGCCGUGACCGGGCAGACGUUGGGCCAGGGCCCUGCAGGACUUGUGGGCACCCCAACGUAGCUGCCCAGCCCAGGGGCCUUGGCCCACAGAGCUGGCUGGGGUCACUCUCCAGAUGACACCCCCUUUCACACACCUAGGACAGUAAGUUUUUGUUUUUAGAUGUUUUCGUCAGCAAA